CCGGAAUGCGCGUCGUUUUGGGUGGUUAUGUCCAAGAUUCGCGAUUGAGGGGGGCUUCACAAGAGAAGUUCGCCUUUUCCCACGCGAUGGCCAGCGGCUGCGACGAUUGUGAAUGUGGGGAAAACGAGCCAUGCGCGAUAAGAGCGUCUCAGAGCGCCGAUCAAGUACAGCAGAGACGGAAGUGCGCACUUGUUGGAAUUCACUUGAAUGCUGUGCACGUCACUGUCCGUACAUGGUGAGCCUGACAAAUUGCUUGGCUUCGCCCGCUCAGGACUCACUGAUCCAUGGACAGCCGAAUUGGAGUUUUCGAGUCAGC